AUGACGGAUACAUGUUCUAAGCGAUCCUGGGUCACUCUUUUAUCUGAUUUAGGCGAGAAGAAUGGAUAUUUGAACGGUAUUUUGACGUUAAACUACACUUUGAUUAAAGUAAAAACUCGAUAUCCUCUUCUUGUGAUUUAUACAAGUAAGUGUCAGGCUACUGCUUUAUCUAUUUUGGAAAAAUCGGGUAUUAAAACUAAAUAUGUGGAAAUGUUACAACCUUCAAUAACAUUGAAUUAUGGCACGGAUACUAAAAGAUUUAAUGAAUGUUUUAAUAAGCUUCGUGUUUUUGAGCUAUUUGAAUAUGAGCGAGUAGUUUUUAUUGAUUCGGAUAUGAUUUUUAUGAAGAAUGCAGAUGAAUUAUUUGAUAUUCCUCUUGAUCGGGGGUUUAUUGCAUGUGCACAUGCAUGCGUUUGUAAUCCUCGAAAAAAACGACAUUAUCCUAAAGAAUGGGUAUCUUCAAAUUGUGCUUAUACGGCUCAACAAAAUUUGCAUUCUGGUUCCUUGAUUUCUUGUUCAUAUGGUAUUAAAAUGUUGAAUUCUGGACUUGUUGUUUUGAACCCUAAUCCUGAGGAGUUCGCAAUAAUUCUUGAUCAUGUUAGGAAUUGCGAAAAAUAUCCUCUAUCAAUGCUUAAUUUCGCUGAGCAAAGCUUGUUAAGUUGUCUUUAUGAAGAAAAAUGGAUGCCUUUGCCAUAUAUAUAUAAUGCUUUGAAAACUUUACGAACUGUGCAUGAGAAAUUAUGGAAUGAUGAUGAUGUUAAGAUACUACAUUAUAUUCUUGAUAAGCCUUGGCAUGAUGAGAAUGAAAGUUUAAAUUCACAGGAUCCGACACAUGCUUGGUGGUGGACAUUAGAAAAAGAGAGAUUAGAAAAAGAAACGAAUUCAAUUAUAUAUAAAUAA